AUGCCUCUCUUUGGGAAUACGUUUAGUCCGAAGAAGACGCCGCCUCGCAAGUCAGCUUCUCUCUCCAACCUUCAUUCUCUGGACCGGUCCACCCGGGAGGUCGAGCUGGGCCUUGACUACGGGACGCCCACCAUGAACCUGGCCGGGCAGAACCUCAAGUUCGAGAACGGCCAGUGGAUUGCAGACACGGGGAUCAGUGCAGGCGUGGACCGGAGGGAGGCCCAGCGCCUGAGCAGGAGGAACCAGCAGCUGGAGGAAGAGAACAACCUCCUGCGGCUGAAAGUGGACAUCCUGCUGGACAUGCUGUCGGAGACCACUGCCGAAUCCCACCUGAUGGAGAAGGAACUGGAUGAGCUGAAGAGUCUCGGCCCGAGGAGGAAGUGA